AGUUGCCUGCAGAGCCCAGCAGCCAGGAGAAGCUGGCUUUGGAUUCUGUCUUUGAAGAGUUCUCUGGAAGUUGGAGGGGCGGGGCAAGCGGCGCUCUCCUGUCCUACUGGAGUCUUGCGCGGGAGUGUGAGCGAGAAAGACAAUCACAGUCCCAGAGCUGUCCCGCUCCUGAGCUGAGGUGGACCCCCGGUGCUGCCCACGGGGUCGGUAGGGCGCAGGCGCUGGGCUGACAGAGCGCAAGGGCAGAAUGGAGGGGCUGGUCUUGCUCAAGGCCCUGGUCACUCGGCUGCUGUUCCUGUUGCAUUCCCUGGUCGCUGUCUGGAGAGUGACCUGGGUGAAGGAAGAGCACCGUUACUGGCUGCUGGCCCUGCUCAACCUCUUGCUGGUCCUGGAGACCGUGCUCACUCUCAAGUUCAAGCGCGGCCGAGGCUACAAAUGGCUCUCUCCGGCCAUCUUUUUGUACCUGAUCAACAUCAUGCCGUCCCUGUGGCUCCUUGAAAUGCACCAUGGAAACCAGUAUUGCAGCACGCAGUCUGAGAUGGCAGCCCAGAACUUCAGCGGAAGAGGAGACGUCAAUCAAACCCUGUCAUCCCACAGAGCCACCGAUGGCAUGGGGAAUAUUCUUGAACUGGCCAGAGGCUUCGUUGACAACUUAUCCAUGGUAUGUGAACCAGUCUGGACGUUAGGACUCCACCAAACACUCCUGCUAAUAUUAAUCAUUGGACGGUGGCUUCUCCCCAUCGGAGGGACCAUUACUAGAGACCAACUCUCGGAACUUCUUCUGAUGUUCGUGGGGACGGCGGCAGACAUACUGGAGUUCACUACUGAGACUCUGAAGGAAAAUAAUGUCAGAAAUAACCCUACACUGGUCUCGGGAAUUCUUGUGGUGUGGACUUGGAGCAUGCUCCAGUUUCCCCUUGACCUGGCAGUCCAGUUGAAACUGGUAUGCCCCGCCUCAGUGAAAGCCAGGGGCUUCCUUAGGGUUUUCCUGUGCCAGUACAGUGCGGAUCUAUGGGCCAUUGGCCUUAGCUUCUUCAUCCAAGAUGGCCCCUUCCUUGUGGUGCGCCUCGUCCUGAUGAUCUACUUCAAAGUGAUCAACCACAUGUUGGUGUUCUUUGCUGUGAAGAAUUCCCUGGUGAUGGCUCUGCACUUCUACCGCCUUGUGGCUUUGAUCAUGGCUACCCGUGAUUUCAUGCAAGAUCAUCCAGAAAGUCCCAAAACGGAGCACAGUGGCCCAGACCAGCCUUCUGAGAGUGGGCCCAGUGAAUGGGAGGACACCUCCCCGGAGGCUCUGCCUUUGCGAACCUCACCGGUCACCUCUGAGGAGUCUUACCCGACAACGCCUUAGUUACUGUUUCUAACAUGCAGCGGCAAGGCUUGACUCCUCCCUUCUUGUAGACUGUUUCUCUUCUUACCCCCGCCCCAUGUUUGCGUACAACAUUUUUUUUUAAGGAAUCAACACGAAAAAGAUGAUCUUGUCUCAAAGUCAAGGUACUGCUCUAUUUUUUCAUCUGAGUGGAAGGAACUUUGACAAGUGGCUGUCACUAUAAUCUUCUGCUUCGAUAGUGGACAUUACACUUCUCUGGGAACCAUUCUGAGUGAUUGGUUCUUAAUGAAUUGCUUGAAAAGUUGUAGGCCGGACAUCAUAGCAACCCUCCAAUGACUUAAGGCAGACAUUUGCCACAAACUUCCCUAUCUCUUGUUCUCCCUGGCUGCCUAAUAGUACAGAAACUUUUGACUGGCUAGACUGUCACUCUCCCAUCUGAGGCUUUCUGCAAUGUCCCUCUGACAUUAAAAAAAAGUAUACUCAGUGAAUUCUGAGCAAAGGAGAGGAAAAUGCUCUUAAAAUCAACUUGCCAUGGGCUGGAAUCCGGGAACUAGCAUGGCUCAGCUUCCUCUAUGGAGAAAAAUAGCUGUGGUAGCUGCACAGGCCUUUACAGGAAUCCCAUUUUCUUGGACCAAGGUGCCAUUCUGUCAUGGUUCAUGUGUUCUUAGAGCAUCGUGAUGGCUUUGGGCUUGGGUAGCACAAAGUUUACAGCAAGUCACUUGGUUUCUACCAACUUCAUAGCUAGGAGAUAUCAGUGAGACACCUGCAAGUCACACUUUCCACCUAGUACAAUUUACAGGACCGUUGGUAUUUAAAUGCUUGGCUACCCUUUUCCUCAUUGUCAAGGUGAAUCAUGUGAUCGGAGUCCAAGGAGCAGUAGCAUGCCGUGAUGAAGGAGUCUGAGGCCCUUAGUAUUACCAUGGUUUCUGGUCGCUGCCAGCAGCUGCUGCAGAAGCAACGACAGUAACAGAGAUUGGUGUGGGGCCAGGGAAAUGCCAUCACUGGCCCCAGCUCGGUUUCAGGAACAAGUUGGUGGAAGGUGGUGCCAAUCCUAUGCCUCCAUGAAUGUAGAGAGUUGCUACAGGCCACCCUGGGGAAUCAUGGUGGCUUCAUUUUCCAUGAAUGGAAUAGUUUUUCUCUUCCACAGUGCUGUACGUUCUAGGUGGAAAUGACUCCAAGCCUUUGAAAGUGGCUCUUCCUUUGAAAUACAUGGUAAAAAUGUGACUUACGUUAUUUUAGAUCUAUGAAACAGCUCUAAAAUUGCAGUGUUAGAGUUAAAGGCACCAGUCAAGCCAUACUAGAAUCCCCAGAAAGACAUUUAUUCAUCAAACUUCCUAGAUUGAAGAUGACCAUUAGACAAUCAGUUGGGACAAUUAUGUUUUUCAAACCUAUGAAUUUCUGGUAUAGUAUUUAUCCAACAUGUUUGAUAACAAGUUUUAUAAACAAAUUCUAUUUUAUACAAAA